CAAAGGCCUCUGGACGCUCUCCCGGCAGGCGCGCCCUCUGUCCGUGCCGCGGGCGCGGUGGCACAGGGCGGCGUGGAAGCACACUCCUGGGACUGGACAUGCGGACCAGCCUGUGGCUCUGGGCCCUGGUGGCCGUCUGUGCCGCAGACUCCUUCCGGGACAGGGCCGUGAGCAUCAUGAAGGAAACACCCGUGGUGGAUGGGCACAAUGACCUCCCCUGGCAGCUGCUGAAACUGUUCAACAAUCAGCUGCAGGGUGAGAAAGCCAACCUGACCGCGCUGACAGGCACGCACACCAACAUCCCCAAGCUGAGGGCCGGCUUCGUGGGGGGCCAGUUCUGGUCUGCGUAUGUGCCCUGUGACACCCAGAACAAGGACGCUGUGAAGAGAACGCUGGAGCAGAUGGAUGUGAUACACCGCAUGUGCCAGCUGUACCCUGAGACCUUCCAGUGUGUCACCAGCAGUGCAGGCGUCCGGAAGGCCUUCCAGGAGGGGAAGGUGGCCAGCAUGAUCGGUGUGGAGGGUGGCCACUCCAUCGACAGCAGCCUGGGCGUCCUGCGGACACUCUACCACCUGGGCAUGCGGUACCUGACCCUCACUCACAACUGCAACACUCCGUGGGCUGACAACUGGCUGGUGGACAGAGGGAGUGACGAGGCCAGGAGCCACGGGCUGUCACCCUUUGGGCAGCACGUGGUGAAGGAAAUGAACCGCCUGGGCGUCAUGAUCGACCUGGCCCAUGUGUCAGUGGCCACCAUGAAGGCUGCCCUGCAGCUGUCCAAGGCUCCAGUCAUCUUCAGCCACUCCUCAGCCUACAGCCUGUGUGAUAGCCGCCGGAACGUGCCAGACGAUGUGCUGCAGCUGGUGAAGAGCACCCACAGCCUGGUAAUGGUGAACUUCUACAACGACUUUGUGUCCUGCAAAGAAGAAGCCACCCUGUCCCAAGUGGCUAACCACCUGGACCACAUCAAGAAGGUGGCAGGUGCCGAAUCUGUGGGCCUUGGGGGAGACUUUGAUGGUGUGGAAAGGCUUCCUGUGGGGCUGGAGGACGUCUCCAAGUACCCAGACCUCAUUGCUGAGCUGCUCAGGAGAAACUGGACAGAGACAGAGAUCAGGGGCGUGCUGUCAGAAAACCUGCUGAGGGUCUUCCUCCGUGUGGAGGAGGUGAGCAGUCCUCAACAGGCCCCUGACGAUGAGCCCAUCCCACUGGACCAGCUGGAUGGCUCCUGCAGGACACAGUAUGGCUACUCAGCUGCCCCCGGCCUCCACCACCAGCCAGGGGCCUUGCUGACCUCCCUGGCCACACUGAUCUUCAGCCUGAGUCUUCUGUGAUACCUGGGGGACCAGAACCCACUUCAGAGAUCCUGGAGCUGAGAGAAGACAGCUGAGUCUGGAGUCCACAGCCCCAGGACCCCACUGCCCGUGUUCGAGCCCCACCUUCUCCUGAGUAGACACCGGGCUUGCUGGUGGGGUGGGGGCAGUUGGGGUGAAGCCUAAUGGACCACAAUGAAAUGGAUGGUCCCCUGA